GUUAUUUGUUAUCGGAUGUUGUUGCGCCAAUUUUGAAUACAUUUCUGAAAGCAGUAGUUUUCAAUGUAAUACAUGUUCGAAGAGUCAGAUGUCACUCUGGCAGAUUUCCAAAUACUUGAAGCGCCACACACAGAUGCUCAGUCUUACCGUGGCCCUCAGUUCCAUGUAAACCUACAAUGUCCUACGUGUGAAUCCUUCAAAGUGGCAUUUGUUUGCCCUUCAUGUGUUAAGAAUGACUCAAUUUUUUCCAUAAAGUCGGGAAAAGUUAGCUUUCGUCAAAAUUCAGACCGGAUCGUAACAGUUCGGAGAUUAAUAGAUAACUUGAAUAGGAAGUAAGUUACUAGAUUGGUAUUUCAUCAAUUUUUGGAUCAGAAUUAAAUCGCACGAGCCCGUAUUGUUUAAACUUAUCUCCCAUACUCUUACAAGAACCGAGGAGUUAAAUGCCCACAUUGCGUCUCUUGAACAUACUAUCAAGUAUUUCAGUGAAUCAAACAUGGAAAAACGGAGACGAGUACAUCGCAUUCGGCAGUCUAUGACACGUUGUUACACUGCAUCCCAACAGCUAUCGAAGCAGCAAGCCAGUUUAGUCAGGCACUUUGUCACUGUUGCACAGAGGAAGAAAAUACUGGUAGUCGACCUCGAUUUUAUCAAUCAGGAGAUCAAUCAAAUUCAUGAUAAGUAUUUUACAGAACUACUUGGAGUAUAUUUUGUCACUGAGCUAUCUACGGAUGGUUUAUCUCCGGAUCGGUUUGUCGAUUCGCCUCUACACAUUGACAAGGAGAACAUUUUUACAGGUCCAGAACCCACGCCUUCCAGUCACACAGCUUUAACAUAUUGCUCUGUAGCUAUAAGAGUUGCAACCAUUUUAUUAGAUGUUUGGUUACCGCUUUUUCUUCGUCGCAGUUUGCAUUUAGUCGGAUCAUUUCUGUCUGCACUACCGCAAAGAGAUGAUAUGGGCCGUGUAUAUUCCGCAGUUAUUCAUGCUGUUCACCUUUUAUGCCAAAGCCGUGGUAUUGAUGUGAAGUGUAGGCUUGAGCAGCUUGGAAUAAAUGUAGUUCCUGGGCGGUAUACCUAUUAUAACCCAUUAUUUGGAUUAUAUUGUCUUGGAAAUCCGGUCAGUUACAAUAAUAAGUCAACUAGAUACUUUGAUGAAUGUUAUACUAUAAAACUUAAUGGACUAUUUGGAACAAUUCCAUCAUUCAGUCAUUUCAAUCAUUCAGUUAGAAUUCCAUUCAAUUCAUGUUGUUUUCAUAAUUCAAUUGAGAAAGGUGAAGAAGUCGAUGAAAUGUUCGGUUUAUCAAGUAAUGAUUCACCUGUAUUCAAUGAAAAAUCUGAUAACCCGCAUACAAUCAAUUCAACACCUACUACUUCUGAAUGUUGUAUUCACUCAUCAAUAAUGAGUGGUGGACAUUGUGAAGACUAUAAAUCACCUGUUAGUUUAGAAUGCUGGGAGCUGGUGUCUUUAACACCACCACCACCACCAUUGAAUUCUGAAGCUAUUGAUGCAAUGAGUGCUACUCAUCCUCCUCCUCCUGCUACCACUAAUCCUACUACUACUACUACUACCACUACAUCCGAUAGUGUUACGUCAUCAUUUGAUUCACUGCAUCAUUCAAGUCCGUUGUCAACAGUUUGGCGGUUGGCUAAAGUGAUUAUGAGAACUUCAGAGGCUGGCAGUAGUGAAUCUAAUUGCUGAAUAUAUAUAUAUAUAUAUUAUAAGUAGCAAGUGUUGCACUCCCCUUUUUGUACAAAAAGAAAGAAAAAAAGUAUUUUCAUUAUUUUCUUUUCUUCACCACAGUCUUUCAUAAAACAGAUCAACAGACUUGUUUGUUUUCUUAAAAAAAUUUUAAUAUCGACAAAUCAGUCAGUCAUAUAAUUUUUUUUACACAUGUGUAUAAUUGGUAGUAAUUUCUUUCAUCG